GACAAAAUGAUUGCGCUAUUCUUCUACUUCCUCUAUGGCUGUAACCCAGUAACCUAGCAGGCUAGCACCAGGCAGGCGUAAGGCUGGUGGCAAUCCGGAGGAAUCAAAUUUCAGAACACCCCGGAUAUCCCUUUCUGCUCAACUUGUUAUUCGUAGCUCCAAAAAGAAAGUGAGUUACUCUUACAGUAAAUGCAUCAAACAUGUGGUCUGCAUAUUUGUUUCGCAAACACUUUUCAAUCAGAAGUUUGGCUAAAAAGACAAUUCCAUGCUUUACGUUGCUUCAGAAAAGUAGAUUACUUUCAAACCCAGUUGGUCCAAGAAUGUUUGACAACCAGUGCUCUAUCAAUUACAGUAGUCUUGUUGAGGGAAUUGAUUCUGGGUAUGGUCUGAAAACAAGAAAUAAGAAUGGUGGUAAAUCAGAUUCUUUUACUGUCUCUUACCUUGUGAACUCAUGUGGGUUGUCAGAAGAAAAGGCCAUUUUGCUUUCUAAAAGAGUGAAAUUUGAAUCCCCUGAGAAGCCAAAUGCUGUUUUAAGCUUUCUCAGGGACCAAGGAUUCAGCAGUAUCCACAUAACUAGAAUUGUGAUAUCUGCGCCUAAGAUUCUUUUAUACAAUCCUGAGAAGACACUUUUGCCCAAGAUUGAGUUUUUCAGGUCUAUGUGGGUUUCUAGAACUGACCUGACCAACUAUCUUUCAGCGAACCACCAUCUAUUGACAUACAGCUUGAAGAAUACAAUUUUACCUAUGUUUAAUUGCUUCAAGAGCAUAUUUUUAACGGACGCUAGGAUUGCCAGUGCUGCUAUGUGGCGUAAUGCCUUUUUUUGUAAAAAUCCGGUAAAGAACCUUACUUCAAAUAUUGCUAUGCUACGGGAACUUGGAGUGCCAGAAAAGCAUAUUAGAAUGUCAUUGGCUCAUUUCUCUCUCGCAAUGAUGCAAGACAAUGAUCAGUUUGCAGAAGCUUUAUCCCAGGUUGAGGAAAUGGGAUUUGAUCCUUCGAAAUCAAUGUUUAUGAUCGCCUUACUUGCUCGAUCAGGUAAGGGUAAUAGAUCGAGAUGGGCACGCAAUUAUGAAAUCUAUAGUAAUUGGGGUUGGUCUGAAGAUGAAAUUCGUUCGGCAUACAGAGGGCAACCUUUCUGUAUGCUCGUGUCAGAGAAGAAGCUUACCAAGUUAAUGGACUUUAUGGUGAAUAAAAUGGGAUGGAAUUCCCAGGUGGUUGCAAGGUAUCCCCACAUUGUCACUUUGAGUGUGGAGAAAAGGAUUAUUCCUAGAGGCUCUGUUAUUCAUCUCUUGCAUUCGAAAGGCUUGAUUGAGAAGAACUUAAGUUUAUAUUCUAUAUUUUCUGUUAGGGAGAAGAACUUCUUGCGAAAAUUUGUCACUCUUUAUGAGGAGCAAGUGCCAGAACUACGGGGUGUCUAUCAGGUUACAUUGAUUUAAUCCUUUUAAAUUGAAAUUGCAACCUGCUAAAAAGUGAAAUGCUGGAGCAAUUGACAUAUCAGGCAUUUACUGGAGAGCUAUUUUCUGUUGUUUCUGACACCAUGAUUUACUCUUCACUUCCUUGAAAACUAUCAUUCCUUGGGAUUGAUAGCAUAUAGAUUAUGCUAUAUUGAAUGAAUUGGCUGCCUAAACAAAUGAAUGGCCCUUGAAAGAAUAUGACGAAACUCUGUGUUGCUGAGCAUAUUUGAAGUGGUGCUGCAUUUGCCUUCUGAACUUUAGGUUGCUGAGAGGAAAGGCUGAGGAGAAAGAUUGACAAAGCUCUGGCAAUUAGUUUGACCCUGUACAAACUUGUACCAGUUGGUAUUCUUUCCCUGAUUCUCCCAUGGAACCAUAGACGAAUGGGUUUGUGUCACAGCCAAUUCAUGUUACUCGAUAAAUUAGUUACUGAUGAGAUGAUUAGUGAAGAAUUUUUCUGGUAGGUGCUUUUGUAAAGUCGAGCAUCCUUUUGUGUUAGAUAGCUUGGGAUGUUAAAUAUAGCUGUAUCCUGAUAAUCCAAUU